AUGGCCCUACAGAAUCCAAUUCUAAACAUGCUCCCAAGGAUCAGAUGGACUUGUGCCUCCUGUCUCCAGCAGCAACUGAAAGUCCAGCAGCGCCAAAUCUCUACCUCCAGCCUGCGCAGCGCUUUUCGACCCACGAGCUCUAGGGCUCUGGUGCAACGCCACCCAACACAGGGUUUGCGAACAUUUACUACCACUGCACAGAUGCGCGAUGAACAGCAGCAGGCAGUGCCACUAGGUGACUUCUACACCGAACUCCUUUCGACACCGAUCCAAAAGCAUCCAGCCACAUACUCAGACCUGCCCACCUUCGUGCAACCAGGCGACGAGUCCAAGAUGGAAAGAGCAAGGAAGGUGUUUGGAUCAAUACGAGGGUCAGGAUAUGAGCGGCGGACGUCGAGCACGCCGGACUCCACGUGGCGCACAAUCAACGGCGUGGCCGUCCCUCCCAAACCUGCCGAGCCCGACAAUUGCUGCAUGAGUGGCUGCGUGCACUGCGUCUGGGACGAUUAUCGAGAUGAUGUGGAGGAAUGGGCGGCCAGGGUUCACGAAGCGCAGUCGAAAGCGCCGAGGCGUGGUCGACGAGGUGCUCCCAAGAUUGAAAUGGCGAGACCCGAAGUGAGCGAAGCUUCGGGAAGUAUGGACGACGAUGGCGGCGGGAGUGAAAGUCUUUGGACGACCCCCUCAGCAGAGGCUAAUGAGGAGGAUAUCUUAUUCCAGGGUAUUCCAGUCGGCAUUCGGGAGUUUAUGGCCACAGAAAAGAGGAUUAGAGAUCGCAGACGUGCUCGGAAAGAGAAGGGUCAGCAACUGGAGGACGAUGAUUUUGUGUGA